UCCCAAUAAAAUUUAAUUUCUUGUGUAAUGUUUUUUUUGGUCUACUAUGAUAAACUUAUGAAUAACAAAUCAAAUACAUGAUAUUAAGUAGUGACGUAGUAAUUGUUCAUUUAUUAUGAGGUAGUAUUCAAUUAAAAACAUAAAACUUAUCUUCUAUCAACUAUAUGUUCUAAAAUUUCUCGCUAGUGACGUAAUCCCAUGACAUAUAGUAAGGGAUUCGAUGUCACCUUAACUAACUAUAUACCUUGGUUUGCUCCACCUCUUCUUAUCCCUACCUCAUAUCCGUUUACGAUGAACUUGCGCGAAUUUAAAAAAUCCUUGCAGUUGCAAAAUCGUUUUGUGAGGGUGUGAUCUAAUUUUGAUCAUUUGCUAAAAUAUUUUCAUGCAAAUUGUUUAAAUUCGGAGUGUUCAAUGCGACGAUCUAAAAUUCGUCUUAAAUUAAACAUCUUGCAGUGAACGAAAUCGGUGCUAAUAAGUGGUUACUCAGGUCUGGGAAUAUCAGUCUAUAACAUUCAGAAUCGUUAAUAAAUCUCGUGAUUGUUUAAUAAUCAGUUGUAAAAUGAAGAUUUAUAAAAUGUCUACGUUAAAUUUAAUUAUUAGAAGCUCUAAGACUGGUAGUAAAUCUAAUUUUUGUAUUUAAAAAAAAGAGAAACUGCAAAGUGAGGUUAGUUUUUUUUAACUUUUUCUAUAGAACUGUGACGUUGAUUUUAAGGAAAAAAUAGGUGCUGUGACUCAUCUUAAGUUGUAUAAACUUCGAUUAGUAUAAACGCGAAAUUGAUAUUUGAAUUUACGAUUAAAUGUUAUCACAUUCGACUAUUAUGCAUACAAGUGAUAUUAAUGAAUUUAUUGAAGUAUUUUGUACAAUAAAUUUGAACAAGAUAAUUGGAAUUUGCACCAAUAAGAUGCAGAAUGUGGAAUCAUCUUUUGAGACAUCUAGCAUUGGUUAUCGAGCAAAAAAUGAUCCUGGAGACUGACAUCUGUUUGGAAGAUACUUAUAUCAUGGAUAUAUGACAUUUACUUGAUAUCACUUUCCACUUGGAUGAUUAAGAUUUUUUAUGUAAAAUGAAAAGGAACGCCUAGCAGCCGCCUAUAAAUUCAGCGUCACCCGAAGGCACUGUAGAUGACAAAUAGUGUGUGAAAACAGAAGUAAUUGACUUGUAAAAAAAGACAGUGGAGAAAAGGUUGCGAUUAACAGUAUAAUUUGAAGACAGUCGAAGUUGACAGUUCCUAAAGUUUAUAGUUUCUAUUUAUGUACUUAGCUUACUUACUUAAUUUAUUUGCUUAAACAAUAUUUUGACUGGUUAAGAUAAUCGGUGUUUUUGCGUGUUUUUUAUUUAAAAAGUGUAAACAACCGCGGAACUUCUGAGUGUCUACGAUGGAUUCGCGAAGUUUAUUUGCGAAAUUAUUAAGGCGGGAAAAUAUUUCCGAAAUAGAUAGAAGGUUGGAGCAAAACGAGGGUUUAUUAAGAGGCCCUAAGACAGAUGAAUUCAAAAUGUACCUCAACAAGGGCCAGGACGAUGAAAUGCAAUUCGUCUGCUAUAAAAAAUGCAAAAUAAAGAUGGCUUUAACAUAUCUAUUUUGCAUAUUAACAGUUGGUGUUUUGAGGUUGUUUUUCCAUUGGGUGCCGCAUUUGUAUUUAAAGGCUACUUGUACCAAGUGUAAGAUAGAAGAAGCGGAAAAAAUUCUCAUUACAGAAAUAUAUAAUAAAAACCACAAAGUCUACCACGUUCGUCUUCUACAAACGCUUACUCCUGAAAGUGUAGCCAAAAUGAAGCAGAAGAAGAGUUCAAUAAAUAAUCUCCAAGAGGCUCCAGAUUCUGUUUUGCCAGUCUUAUCAGUACAUUUUGAGAAUGGAAUAUUCAGAGAAAUUGACAGAUUGAUAAUGUUUUCAUGUAAAAAAGUAAUUUACAUUUGGGACAGCGAAAAACUAGAAUUCAUCAAACUAUCUGGUCUAGAGCAAGGUGUUCCUACAGAAGCAUUUCACAAUUACAAAGCUUUAACUGCGGGGGAACAAUUCAUGAGGUCAAAAGUCUACGGCUCGAAUCUUAUUGAAAUUAAAGAACAAUCUGUACUGACUCUAAUAUCUUUAGAAGUACUUACCCCGUUUUACAUUUUCCAAUUACUGAGUUUUAUACUUUGGAUGUGUGACGAUUAUUAUUACUAUGCAGCUUGUAUAAUGUUGAUGACUAGUGCUGGUGUUGUCACUUCUGUCAUGCAAACUAAAAAGAAUCAAAAGAAUUUGAAAUCUACUAUACAUAGCAGCGAUGUUUGCACGGUAAUGAGACGACUCCCAAAGUCAGUGGAUGAAGAAAUACAAGAUGAUGAAUAUACUUCUGAAACAGUAUCCUCGGAGCUUUUGGUACCUGGUGAUAUCAUUGAAAUACCUGCUCAUGGUUGUAUUAUGCACUGUGAUGCAGUCCUGUUAACUGGAAAUUGUAUUCUUAAUGAGUCUAUGUUGACAGGGGAAUCAGUACCUGUAACCAAAACUGCAUUACCAAAUGUCCCAGGUGUAGCGUAUGAUCCAAAAGAACAUGGUAGACAUACACUAUUUUGUGGUACUCAUGUGAUACAAACUAGAUAUUUCGGAAAUGAAAAAGUUUUGGCAAUUGUUGUACGAACAGGAUUUUCAACUUCCAAAGGAAGUCUAGUAAGAAGUAUUUUGUAUCCACCUCCAGUUGACUUCAGGUUUGAAAAAGAUUCUUAUAAAUUUGUAGUUUUCUUAGGAAUGUUAGCCUGUAUUGGAUUCUUUUAUACAAUUAUCACAAAGGCUUUACGGGGAGUUGAUGCAAGAGAUUACAUACUUGAAGCAUUUGAUUUAGUUACCAUUACAGUACCUCCAGCUUUACCAGCCGCAAUGACUGUUGGUCGAUAUUAUGCCCAAAUAAGACUGAAAAAGAAUAACAUAUUCUGUAUUUCGCCGAGAAGUAUUAACGUUUCAGGUUCCAUCGACUGUAUUUGUUUUGAUAAGACUGGUACUCUUACUGAGGAUGGUUUAGACUUACUAUGUGUCGUGCCAAUUGAAAACAAAUACUUCAAACCUCGCGUCGAGAAUGUUGAAACUCUUCCAUAUAACACUUUGCUAUUCGGCUUAGUUUCUUGUCAUUCUUUGACUAUGAUAGAUAAACAAAUUGUCGGAGAUCCUCUCGAUUUAAAGAUGUUUGAAAGUACGAAAUGGUCCAUGGAAGAGCCCGAAGUUGCUGAUAACAACAAAUUUAACAUGUUAUUUCCCACAGUUUUAAAACCACCCAAAAAUGGUCCAAAUGUACAACAAAACCCCAUUGGCGAUCUCCAAAUCGGUAUAAUACGCGAAUUUCCGUUUUCUAGUAGUUCACAAAGAAUGGGGGUGAUAAUGAGACGUCUAGAUGGUACUCAUUUUGAAUAUUAUUGUAAAGGAUCGCCAGAAAUGGUUCUAAAAUUUGUUAAUCCAGAUUCUGUACCACCAAAUUUCGAUGAUAUUUUAGAAAGCUAUACCCAGGAAGGUUACAGAGUUAUAGCCAUCGCCCAUAAAGUGCUAAAGAUGAGUUAUAUUAAGGUUCAAAAGGUACAAAGAGAGGUUAUUGAAAAAGACUUGGAUUUAUUGGGUUUGAUCGUAUUAGAGAACAGAUUAAAACCACUAACUACUCCAUGUAUCCAGGAACUGAAUGAUGCUAAUAUAAGAGUUAUAAUGGUCACUGGUGAUAACAUUUUAACUGCACUUAGCGUAGCUAAAGAUUGUGAAAUAGUUCCUCCAGGCCAAAGUAUAAUAACUAUUAACUGCGACUCUAACCAUCCACCUAAUCUAUUCUACACCCUAACUAGCACAAAAGUUAAGCUGCCGACCGAUCUAAGCACUUUAUCCUAUUCCACAAGCAUUAUGAGUUUGGAUACCAUGGAAAGUCAACUUCAAACUAUCACAAAUAGCACAUUAGUAACUGGAUCUAAACGGCCUAGCGUUAUGUUGAAUAAUUAUAGAUUUGCUAUGACUGGAAAAGUUUGGAGUGUUAUAAGAGAACAUUAUCCAGAAUUGAUACCGAGGAUUUGUACGAGAGGUACAAUAUUCGCACGAAUGGCUCCUGACCAAAAGCAACAGCUUGUUCAAGAGCUGCAAGUCUUAGGAUAUUGUGUAGCUAUGUGUGGAGAUGGUGCAAAUGAUUGUGGUGCCCUCAGAGCAGCACAUACUGGAAUUUCUCUAUCAGAAGCUGAAUCAUCAGUAGCUUCACCGUUUACGUCAAGAAACCCGAACAUAGAUUGUGUAUUAAAUGUCAUCCAAGAAGGAAGAGCAGCUUUGGUUACCAGUUUCGGUAUAUUUAAAUAUAUGGCAGGGUAUUCUUUAUGCCAAUUAAUAUCAGUGAUGAUCCUUUAUAGUAUAGAAUCAAAUUUGACUGAUAUUGAAUAUUUGUACAUUGACUUAUUCAUAAUAUCUAUAGUUGCAUUCUUCUUUGGGCGUACAGAAUCAUAUCCGGGAAAAUUAGUGAAAGAAACUCCUCUUAGCAGUUUAGUUAGUGUAUCUCCAAUAGUUAGUUUACUUAUGCAUAUUUUAUUAUUAGCUGUAUUUCAAUUAACAGCCUUUGAACAUUUAAAAUCUGAACCAUGGUAUGUUCCCCUCAACGCAACCGUGGAUUCAGAGGACGAUAACGUAGCUUGCGUUGAAAAUUAUACUAUUUACACAAUAUCUAGUUUCCAGUAUAUUAUUUUAGCUAUAGUUUUUUCCAAAGGUAAUCCAUAUAGGAAAAAUAUUUUCUCCAAUUAUGGCCUCAUUAUAUCUUCGCUACUUAUGACAGCUGUAUCUGUUUAUUUAGCUUUGUAUCCAGCAAAGAUUAUAUCAGAUCAAUUUGAGUUGGAAUUACCGGAAGAUUUUAAUUUUAGACUUUACCUUUUAUUAUACGCAGCGAUAAAUUUCAUUCUUAGCCUAAUAAUAGAACAAAUUAUCAUAGAAAAACUCUUUUUCAAACGACUGAGAUUCAAAUUUCAUAAUAUUGAUAAAUCCAAGCGUAAAUACUUAGCAAUCGAGAGAGAUUUGAAAGCAGAUCGUAAAUGGCCUACUUUAACAUCGGACUUCAAGUCUGCCGUUAGUCCAAGUUCUCCACAACCGGUAUGUCCUGCUGAAUUUGUAAUAGAAAAAGAAAGAUUUGAUAAAAACCACGUACUUAACAAAUUAUACGAUGCCUCAGAUGGUCCAGCGAUACAACAACGAAGUUUACCAAACACCCCUGCAAAACUUGCUAAUAAUUUCACAUUUAGGUCUCCCAAACACUUACAAUACCCAGUAAAUGGGGUUAUAGAAAACGAAAAGGGAUAUUUCAGUCAGGAAGAUUUGUUUUCAAGUUUACCUUCUGAAAAUCAAACCAGUACUCGAUCAGAAACAUACAAAACUAUUAGUAACGACACCAGUUAUGACCUAGCUAGUUCUAACAUUAAUAUUCCAGAGCUACCAUUCGAUGAUGCAAUACCUUCGAAUGCUCACAGUACUAUUGUGAACAUGGAUGUUAAUGGGACAGGUCAUAGUUCACUUGUUUUAAGCGAAAAUACUUCCCCGUUUAAAAUAAACGGCUUCGGUUACAAAAGGAGUAGUUCAAAUGCUUCUGGAGAUAUUUUGGAAACAUGUUCCCCUCGUAAAUCAGCAAGCUCUUAUGAAAACGAUAACAGCAUGUCACAUUUUAAUAAAUUUGGAACCAGUCCCCCGCAUGAUUCUGAUGGUAAAAAACAUUUAGAAAUGAAUUCAUUUGAUACAAAUAGGUGAGAUGAGGUUUCAAUACGUUUCAUAAAACUAAAAUCAUUGCCUUUAAUUGAUGUUUCUGUUAAAUUUUAUUUAAAUUACCGCCUACACGUCAAUAUCCUUACAUUACAUAUAAUGGUAGAUAGAAUGGUGAUAAUACAUCUUUUUUGACUGCGUUAAUAGCCAAUAGAAAUGUUUUUUGUGUAUGAGAACUCAUUUUCAAUUGAUCGACUUCUAUAUUGAUAUCUUUUCAUUAAAUCAUUCCAAUUGUCUGUGCCGUUUUGAUCAAAUUGAUUAAUGCCGAUUAUACACACCUCACAAUAAUUUAACAAGAAAAUAUGGGAACUUGGUGAUUUCACUUUGUCUCUGAUAAAAGUGCUAUUCAUAUUUUGAUUAUGAAUAUGUAUCAAGGUUUCAGAAUUCAAGUUUCCAAACAUUUGAUAUAGAUUGUUUUCUGAAAACCAGUUGGGACCAUAGUGAAUGUAAUUACGUUUGAAUUAGACAAAGGGCCAUAAUUUAUAGUUUGAGUUUGGUCCAUUUUACUGGUUAACUUGUAAAUUAUAAGUAUCGGGGAAUUUAUACAAAUUGUCAUAAAUUCUGCUUAUUGAAAUCAUAUUAACUUUGUCUAGUAAAUAGUGAACUAUUCAAUUGACGCAUAUCAAAAUUUUACAAAAUAGACUUUUAGUAGACACAAAUGAACGAUAUAAGUGCCUCUGUUAACUCCCAUAAUUUUGAAACCAUACGAGUAACAUAUUUUUGAAGAUAAGUGCAUCAAAUCUACUGUGUAUCACAUUUGAUAUGUUUUUCGAAGGUAUAAAUAAAAAUCAUUUUUUAUAUGUAUAUGUAUAAGAACAUUUUAUUGCCAUGGCAAGCAAUGAAGUGUAAAAUUCGCGAGAACUUAUUUGAGCUACUUUUUCCACUCCCCUUUAUUCGAAUGGAUUCGACUACAUUAAAGUAAAUUCCAUCAAGUUUUUUAAUAAAUUUGCCGCUAGCUUAAAUUUCCAAAGGAACAAAUCCGAUAGUAGAUGGCUAUUUGAUUUCCAACUUUAUAAUGUGUUACAUUUUUUGAAUAAACUUCUUAAUUAAUGUGGAGCAGUUUUAUAUCUGACACUAUUAGCUUCUGAAAAUAUUUAGUAUAUUCUGUGCUCCACGGCCAUGACACAGUAAGUUACUAUAACAAAUAUCAUGAAUUAACAUUUUGGAAUAUGAUUCCAAAUGCCUGUUGAUCAAUAAAGUAGUAGCAACAGCUUAUUCUAUAUCUUUAGUUUGAAAAGUAUCAAUUGAAUUUGUGAUAAAUGUGUAAUCAUCCAAUAAUUGAUUAUAUUUUUGGAUAUUGAAGCUUUUUCUACUCACCUGUCAUAUAUAUUAACGAAAUACAAAAUUGUGUUGUAACUGGAGGGGAUCAAUGCAAUUUACUUUAAUGAGUACAGCUGUAGUUCCAAUAGAAAAGAAGUUAUAAUAUUUCUUAAAAGUCUUCCAUUAUAUAUGUUACAGUUAAAACCCGUUUUUAGUUAAUUCUACUUUAAACUAGGGAAAAUUAGUUUUCACAAAGCCCUUCCGUUAAAACUAGUUUUUACUAGUCAGAACUUGAGGUAACUUUUUGAGAAACUUAUAAACGAUUGUGGUCUUAUGAAACGAGUUAGUUGUUUGUCUGUAUAUCACUAUCAUUGAUCGUUAUGUACGUUAUGAUAAUGUAUGAGAGAAAUUAAUGAACUGUAGGUCUUUUCACUAACUGAAUACAAUAGUAAAACUUUAUGUUCGAAUAUACAUUUUAAAGAAACUUCCCUUUAAUCAAUAGCACCACUCACCGAUAGAUUUAUUUUGAAACCUAUGAAUUAAAUAUUGCUCAUUAUAAGUUAUACAUAUAUGUUUAACCCUUUAACAAGAUAAUUAUUGUAACUGUAGCAACUUUAUUAUUAACAAAUUCCACUUUCUUAGGGUCACACAAAAAAUACUAAAUUUCACCCGUGGGCUAAAAUAUUUCUGCACAUGUGUGACAAAGUGUUGUAACUGUUAAAAAUAAUAAACAUUUCUUUGAAACAUUUGAAUUUGAUGAAAUUUAGCCUUGAUAUCGAUAUGUAGGUUGUACUUUAACUGUAAUCGUUAUUUUCCGUAUUUGUGUUUCAACUUUCUCCCAAUCGCACGUUGUUUCACUUGACGGGGGCCCUUCUCAACAUUUAUAAUGUAAUAUAAAUUAACUGUCAUCCUAUAAGGUUCUGUGACCUUUGUAAAAUUGCUUACCGAAAAUAAUGAUCAUUUUUGCAGUUUGCAGAAUACACGACCGCUUAUAGCUAAUUACAAGUAAAAUAAGGAAACACCAGAUUUAUACAUUUUAAUUUGACUAACAUCCCUCAUUAUGGUGGCUAAUAUAUUAUUUAAUGGUUACCCAUAAGAGUGUUUUUGUGAACAACAUUAUUCUUAUAAUCCACAAAAGAAAAAUGUUUUGAGCCUGGAUUGGUUGCUGGGACUACCCGACUGGUAUCAAAUGAUUUACUUCUGCAGUUUCUCAUACUCCUGUAGGUAUUGUCUGAUUUCACAAUGGCCAAGUCAAAUAGCCUUAUGCCAAGCAAUUACUAUUUCCUGAGAAUAAGCAUUUUUAUUGCUCUGUUUAGCACUUUCUCUAUAAAUUGUAAAAGUUAAAAAAAUGUUUGGAACUUGUUCAAAAAACUACUUGAAGGUCACAAUUAACCUGACACAAAUCUAGAGUAAUCUGAUUCGUGGUAUACCCAUAAAACCACAACAAUGCAAACACUAGUUUAUGGCAUACAUUUGUAACUUAUGAGUUAUUGAAAAGAUCUACAAUAAAAUGAAAAAAUAAUGUGAAUUAAAUCGACAUGUUAACUAAGAAGAUUAGAAUUGUUGCUUUUUUUUUGAAGGAAUUAUUAAAAAUUAAUCAUCACAUGUGUACAUUAUUUCAAGCAAAAUUGGCAUAAACUGAUUGCCAAUAAUAAUGCACAUAUUUAUCCAGAUAAGUUAACAAUAAUCUUUGUAAAGUAAAAAAAUGGUAAACUUAGUGUAAACACAUUUGUUGGUUCUUAUAUAAACGUCAAUUAUUUUUUAUAUCGAGGAAAAAAGAUCUUCCACUGAUAUUCACCAAUGAAUAUUUUUGUAAAUAGUUAAUAUUUAAAAGAAUUGUUAGUAAGUAAGAUUACUUAAGGGGAAGGAUAAUAAGUAUUAAAACCGGUUUGUUGUUGGUGUGGUAUGAAAUCUUUGCUGCAAAAGCAUUAGAUUAAGUGAUAAAAUUUAGUGAUUAGAUAUUAGUAUGUUCUAUUUCUUGUUGGUAAUUUAUGGAUUAAUAUUUGUAUUUGAAAAAAAAUGAGUGCGAGUGGUAGUUAUCAUUAAAUUAUGUAUCUUGAUCCUUAGAGUGUCCACUAAAAGUGUUUUUGCAUCUAUAGUUUUUAUUCUAUUUAUAUAAAAUUAGACGCAUUUUGUCGAUUUUGAUAGAUGCAAUUGUGAAAAUUAGUGACUGAAGAUUUUUAAAAUAUUGAUUCAAUAAACAGCUAAGAAUAUCUGAGUUGGAAAGUAUUAGAAGUUAGACCUGUAUUAAUUAGAUUUAUUUAAUACUAACCGCGACCUUAAACCUUUGUAUUAAUAUGUUAUGUGUACUCUGAAAUAAUAAUUUCCUAUUUAAAAUUAGGCAACAUUGCACGAAUGUAACACAGACAGAGAUACAACCUCUUGUGUGACUUAAUUUUUGUCUUAUAUUAAUGUGACUGUGAAGAAUCCUAAAGUUACCUAACUUAAAUUUAUUAUUGUAUUCGUUAAGAUUUAUUGUACACUGACUGCUCCUAAUGGGAACCAACGUCAUAGUUAAGCGAUUCUAAGUGACCUUUAGACACUUGAAGUUUCAUUAAAUUAUUGAAUUAUUUAUUUUUAUUUUAUAUUGAUGUGACUCUCAUGAUCACAAAUAUAAUUAUUUAUAGCUUUUGUGUACAAUAGGAUUUUGGUAUUUAAAGCGGUUUGUAAAAAGAUACGAGGUUCUUAAUAGUUUUGGAAUACAUCGAGUACGUUAGUCGGAUUAUUGAAACGUUUAAUUAAUUAUUUUCUUGCAUAAUAAAUAUUUUUUUACAAAGUAGUUUUAAUACAAAGAAUAUGGUCAACCAUCAUUGGUUAGCCCAAAGAUACAUUAUAGUGUGGACAUUAAUGUUAGUUCCUUUAUAUAAUAUCAAAUUAAUUAUAACCAAAAUACUAUUUGCAAUUGUCAUUAUUCAGUAGAAUUAUAUUAAAUGUAUUAUUAUUGUUACAUUUACUUGUAUAUAGUGUUGUAUAACUAAAAUUCAUAUGUUCUUUCAAUAUAUUUCAAGUAAAAUAAUGGUAAACUUAAGGUUUCAUUCGUCUGAAAGAAACAUUCUCGUGAUUUCAGUAGGGAACUUGGAAUGAUAUAUUUUGAUGACAUUUUCAUAAACUGAUCAAUGUAGAUGUAGAUUAGAGUGCUGAUGAACUCCUGACUUCAAGAAUAGAUCGACAGCCUUUUGUCCAAGCAUUUAUUGUGCAUGCUUGCAUUGACGAGGAAUUCUAGAACUAGAUGCUCUAGGGUUUCUUCCUUCUUCCCAUUGUCCAGCUGUAUACUCAGUUUCUGCUAAAACAGUGCUCUGAAAGGAAAUUUAUGACAAGGUGUAGAUUUAGUGGCAAUUUUGAAGAAACUUUUUGGGGUUAAGCAUUUUCCUGAACAACGUAAAAGCUGCAGUGUAUUAAAAGGCGUUCUUGCUUCUUUUGUAAAGACAAUUAGUCACUUCAUUUCUUUAUUGAAUAUUUCUUCUUUCGGCACUACCACGUCAUACUUCAGUCUAUGACAUGGGAGCUCAGAGCUAUGAUAGCUUAUUGACUAUUACAAUGAAUUAAUAUGCCACAUUUCUGAUAAUUUCUUUUAAGGUUCAUUUUCACACGAUGUGGUUCAUAUAUAUGACAAAGUGACACAAAAAUAUUUUUGUAACUAUAUAAUUCUAACAGAAAUUGUUUAACGUGGAAUAACACGAAAAAAUCCAUACCAACAAAAUAAUCACAAUUGCGAAUGUUUAUGCCAAGGUCUACAACACAGUGCUACUUUACAAUGUGUUCUAUGUUGUAUUUACUUUAGCUGUACUUAGAAAUUUUACACAAAGUGGCACAAAAAUAUUUUUGUAACUUUAUAAUUCUAAUAGAAAUUGUUUAACGUGGAAUAACACGAAAAAAUCCAUACCAACAAAAUAAUCACAAUUGCGAAUGUUUAUGCCAAGGUCUACAACACAGUGCUACUUUACAAUGUGUUUCUAUGUUGUAUUUACUUUAUCUGUACUUAGAAAUUUUACAUAAAUUUUUUACAUAAGCAUUGUUAAAGUUACCAUAAUUAUUAGUUACAGUACUUAUACGAAUUUGAUUUCUUAAUUUCUUAUAGUGAUAAUUUAUAUUUUACGUUUGUUUGAUACAUAAUUUAAACAAAUAUUUAUUGAUUAAAUAAAAAAUACGUAUCAGCAAUUGAAUUACAUGUUUAUUAUUCUAUGACCCACAUUCUUUG